GUUGAAGCAGGAUGAUAAACCUGAGACAGAAAAUAUCGACGAAAUCGCGAACAGAGAAUACGAGACAGAGCACGGGCGUAUUAUCGCUGUUAACAUGGCCCACUUGAAACGACGGGCAGCAAGGAUGAAACGAGAGAGUGUCUUCAAGGAAAUUGAAACUAACAACGAAGAGAAACACCUCAAGCUAUACCAAGGCGACAUACAACUUGAUCCAGAAUUGGAACAAAUCCUUCGUAUCAAAAAGGAAAAGGUCAAGAGGAACGCAAUAAGAGAAAAAAAGAGGCUUUGGAAUACAAGGAUGAUUCCUUAUUUUGUCCCCAGUGAAAUGAGUCACAUAAUUCCAAACCUUAAUGAGGCGAUCAAAAGCUUUCAUAAAUAUACAUGUUUAAGAUUUGUUCCAUACGACUAUACACAACGCAACUACAUCUUGUUCGGCAACAAAGAUGGGUGUUCCAGUAUGGUUGGUAUGCGGUAUCAUUCAAGUGGCCCACAGGCUCUUUCCCUGGGGGAGGGAUGCGAUUUUGUGGGAACCAUAAUACACGAGUUGAUGCAUGCCAUUGGUUUUUUCCACGAACAAUCCCGCCCAGAUAGAGAUAAAUUUGUACAAAUCUAUUGGGAGAAUAUUCUUCAAGGCUUUUCUGAACAAUUCGACAAGUAUAGUUGGAGGACUAUUGAUGAUCUUGGCAAGGACUACGACUAUGAAUCGAUUAUGCACUACGAUCGAAGGGCAUUCACAAAGAAUGGGUCACCAACCAUUGUCAACAUAUACAAUGAGGCGAUGGAGUUUGGUAAUAAGGAAAAACGACUGAGUCAAAGAGAUAUCAUCGAAAUAAACGCUUUGUACGACUGCCACACGACUACCCACCCAGGCUGGUCGUCCUGGUCGGCCUAUACACCAUGCGAUGAGAACUGUUACAAGAGUAGGGAGCGAUAUUGUUAUAACAACGGAAACCUUCAGUCCUGUCAAGGAUCACCUAAUAUCUAUGGCAUCGAAAAGCAGACCACUAAAUGCUCAGAUAAAGAAUGUUAUGCUAUCGAUGGUCAUUGGGGUCGAUGGUCAGACUGGUCAAGCUGCAGCGUAACCUGCGGUGAUGGUUAUAGAAAGAGGUACCGAAAGUGUGAUAAUCCAGCGCCAGUGCAGGGAGGUCUAAACUGCCCAGGAUCGUCAACUGAGGCAGAUGGGUGCGUCAUGAGGAGAUGUACUCUCGAGUUUGAUGAUACUGACUUCGAAUCAAAUUUGGGCAUGUGGACAAAUGCAUAUGACGAUAAACUAAACUGGCAGAGACAUAGUGGCUACACACAGACACUGAACACUGGACCAAGCUCUGAUCACACACUUGGAACGUCCAGAGGCGUUUACCUCUAUGUCGAAUCAUCUGCUCCUGCUCAAUCAAAUGAAAAGGCUAAACUGAUAAGUCCAUGGCUGAACCCAGUGUCUGGAGGCCAGUGUCUGAAAUUCUAUUAUAACAUGUAUGGGAGCACAACGGGUGAGCUGAUGGUGCGUAUUGAGCCGGAAGGCAAGAGGUCGUAUCUCCUGUUUUAUGAAAAAGGCAAUAAAGGAAUGGGCUGGAAAGGUGUAACGAAAGACAUAGAAGCAGGUGUGAGAUACAGGCUGACAAUUGAGGCUCGUAUUGGUGGAACUGGUUACUCUGAUACUGCAAUUGAUGAUGUGUUCAUCGACCCUGGACACUGCGGUUGUCAGGAUACCUAUUAUAGCGGCUGCCCUAAAUGGGCCGCUGCAGGAGACUGUAAGAGCAACGAAAAAUGGAUGAAGGACUUUUGCAAAAAGAGCUGUAACUCAUGUCCGAUUAGCUGUCUGGACUCCGACGUUACCAACUGCCCCAGAUGGGCUAUUCAAGGUGAAUGUGACACUAAUCCAUGGAUGAAGGAUAACUGUAAGAAAAGCUGUGGAGUCUGCGGAUGUAAAGAUGAAUCUAGCAGUUGUCCAACCUGGUCAUCACGUGCUUAUUGUGAAACGAACUCUGAUUUCAUGUUGGCAACCUGUGCUUUGAGCUGCAAAGUGUGUGCUUGUAAAGACCUAAGUCCUAGCUGUCCAUCGUGGGCCGAACAGGGCGAGUGUGGCAAAAAUCCAUCUUAUAUGCUUGAUAACUGCUGCCGAUCGUGCCGAUGUAAGAAUUGGGUGAAAGAUGGAGACUGCUCUGCCUGGGCUUCGGCAGGUUACUGUAAUUCAAACCCAUCGUAUAUGCUUAUCAACUGCAAGGAAAGCUGCGCUGUAUGUUAGUCAAGGCAAAUCA